AGAUCCUUCCUUUUCUCGAGUACAGAGCCGAAGGUGUGCGUCUGUAUUUCCUGGCUCACCGCUGUUCGCUUUUUGUUUGCUUGAAUAAGUCGGUCAGGAAUAAGCAAUCAUGGCAUUUAAAGACACCGGCAAAGCUCCAGUUGAUUCUGAGGUUGCCAUUCACCGCAUCCGGAUCACCCUUACAAGCCGCAACGUCAAGUCUCUUGAAAAAGUGUGCGCUGAUUUAAUCCGUGGUGCUAAGGAGAAGAGCCUUAAGGUGAAGGGACCUGUGCGUAUGCCCACCAAGACCCUGCGCAUCACUACCCGUAAAACUCCUUGCGGAGAGGGUUCCAAGACAUGGGAUCGGUUUCAGAUGAGGAUCCACAAGCGUCUCAUCGACCUUCACAGCCCAUCUGAGAUCGUCAAGCAGAUCACCAGCAUCAGCAUUGAGCCUGGUGUUGAGGUGGAGGUUACCAUUGCUGACGCAUAAACUGCUUUAAAUUGCCUGAUUGAAAAGCUUCAUUGUCUAUGUCAAUGCAAUAAAGAAUUUUGGAAGAAA